CUUCAGUUUAUUCCGUUUAGUCUGAAAUUUGUGGUAGCGGUAGAACAGUCACACGCUUUCACAUCGCAACACCUCGACUAAACCGUCUGUGCCUCAUCCACAAAAAGGAGAAUCAUGAACAGCAACUACAGCGUCUCCCUGGGUGGCCCCGCCCCCUGGGGCUUCAGACUGCAGGGAGGAAAGGACUUCUGUCUGCCCCUCACUAUCUCACGGCUGACCGAUGGGGGCAAAGCAGCCAAAGCCAAAAUGAGUGUGGGAGAUGUAGUUCUGUCUAUCGAUGGAAUCGCCACCAACGGCAUGAACCACCUGGAGGCCCAGAACAAGAUCAAAGCCUGCACUGACAACCUCAACCUCACCCUGCAGAAAGCUUCCAGUGUUCCCAAGGCUGAUGCACCAAAGGAUGAGCCACUGGAGAUCAUUAAGCCCGUGCCAAUCACCCAUCCAGCUCCAGCCUUCACCAGCCCCUCCCCCCAACCCAGUGUUGCCUACAACAAGACGGCCCGCCCCUUUGGCGGGGGCAGCAAUGUGGGUGCAGUCACUUCCUCCCUAACCGCCCCAAAGGUGGCCUCCAUCCCCUCUGCAUCGUCUGCUUUCACCCCCGCCGCCCCCUCUUCCCAGCAGCCCCAGCCUCCCUUCCCACUAGCUAGCCGCUCCUGCUCCCCCGCCCCACCUAGCUCAGCCCCACCCCCCAGACCCGGCUCUGGCCGUUCCCCCUUCACCUCCACUUCCUCCUCUUCUUCCUCAUCUUCCCCGGCCAGAGUGACAGCCCCCUCCUCCAAUCCCGGUGCUCCGCAGUCCUCUUGCUAUAACACGCCAAUAAACCUGUACUCCAAUACCAACGCCUGUGAGGUGGCCAUAGGACAGAGGCGGGGCCUGUUGGAAGCCCAGGGUGUGGUGGUCGACCAGAUCAAAGAACAGUUUAAUGGGAACAGAGUUGAACCAGAGUUGACCCACGCCUCGCCCCUCAGCGAGGCCAGUAAGAAGCGUCUGAUCGAGGACACAGAGGACUGGCAUCCUCGCACCGGAACCUCCCAAUCCAGGUCCUUCAGAAUCCUGGCUCAGAUCACCGGCACAGAGAAAGACCAAGCCCAGGAGAACAGUGCUGGAAAGAAUAAAGUUGUUGAGAAUGCCCCGCCCAGUGUCCACAUCACAACAUCAGUGAAGACCAUGACCAAAGUCCCAGGAGCCCCCAGGAAUGGCAACAGUGUCCCCCCACCCGCCUUGAAGACCCCCUCUGCCCAGGUCAAACCCUCCUGGCCAGCUGGAGGCUCAGCAGGUUUCUCUAAGGGUGGCGCUGGGCGGGUCAGCAACACUGCACCAGUACCCACAGUACCCAAAGUUUCUGACCGCCCCGCCCCCCAGGCGCACCCCAAGGACCAGAACUCCCUGGUACAGCGGGCCGAACACAUCGCAGCGGGAACACGCACCCCCAUGUGUGGCCACUGUGACAAGGUCAUCAGAGGUCCUUUCCUGGUGGCCAUGGGCAUGUCCUGGCACCCUGAGGAGUUUAACUGUUCCCACUGCCACGCGUCUCUGGUGGAGUCUGGCUUUGUGGAGGAGAGGGGAACAGUGUACUGUGCUCACUGCUAUGAGAAGUUCUUCGCCCCUACCUGCACCAGCUGCCAGCAGAAGGUCCUGGGGGAAGUCAUCAAUGCCCUGAAGCAGACAUGGCAUGUGUACUGCUUCCUGUGUGCGUCCUGCCAGCAGCCAAUCAGAAACAACACCUUCCACCUGGAGGACGGGCUGCCAUACUGUGAAAGAGACUACUAUCAACUCUUUGGUACCAGUUGCCAUGGUUGCGACUUUCCUAUCGAGGCAGGAGACAAGUUUCUGGAGGCGUUGGGAUUCACCUGGCAUGAUACCUGCUUCGUGUGUGCAGUCUGCAACACCAGUUUGGAGGGCCAAGCCUUCUUCUCUAAAAAGGACAAGGCUCUGUGCAAGAAACAUGCCAAUACAGUCAAGAUCUGACCCACCCUCAGGAGUGAAGAACAGAGUUGUUGAUAUUUUUUGGUAGUUUUAAAAGAUUGAUUUAUCUGAUUAUGACUUUUAUUAAGAGAUGUUUGGUUAUGGGGAUUUAAGCUUUAUUUCAUCUUCUCUGAUGUAUCUGUGUGUGUGUGUGUGUGUGUGUGUGUGUGUGUGUGUGUGUGUGUGUGUGUGUGUGUGUGUGUGUGUG